GACGCAAAACUGGAAAACGCCUGUUGGAUUACUAACGCGUUUUUUUACAAAAGUACAGCUUUACAAGAUGAUCGCAAAUGCAAACGUGCUGAUUUGAAACGUGACUUUCGCUGUUUAUUUUUGCAAUUUUGUUUUUCUUUCUAUAUGUUUGCUAUUUGUGCUCUGUUUUGAGAAAAUGUCUGAUGUGCUUAAAGAUAAAGCGAUCAAGAGACCAGACAAGAGGAUCAGCAAGGGGCCUUCAGAGGGAAGUCAUGGAAUGAGAAUCACGGGUGGCAAGACCAAGGAUUCUUUGAGCAAUGUGUCCUGCGUAGAUGACCACCACGAUGAACGAAUGACUGUCAAAUUUGAGAACACCUAUCGGCUAGAACCUCAGACACGUUUCCCUGCCCCUGCACUUCAGCAAAUACUUAAGGAGGUACUCAAAAGCUACUUGGAAGAAGAGCAAUAUGAAGUGGAAUGGUCCCGGCAAAUGACGAAAACCAUAUGUGAGGUGGUACGAGCCCGUGUGAAGGAACUGAUGAUCCGCAGAUACAAGGUGGUUGUCGUGGUCCACAUCGGCCAGCUGGCCGGGCAGAGCAUGGAGGUCAGCAGCCGCUGUUUGUGGGACCCAUCAAGUGACACCUUUGCGUCGUGGUCGCUAAAGAACACGUCUCUGUACGGCGUGGCCAGUGUCUAUGCCGUUUACUAUGAGUGAAGCAAGGAGUGUUCCCACGGCUUCUCUUGAAAAGGUAACUGGGUUACUGAUUACUUCAUUUUAAAAGUAACUCACUUUGAUUGCUAAUGACUUAACCAGCAGAUGGAGUUCAACUGCGCUGAAAAUAAAAUUUGGUUUUGCCAAUACUUAAUUGGUACAUUUUUAACAGUGAUGUUUAGGAAGACGAGUUUUUUUUUUAACUUAGUUUUGUUAAAAUGAGUCUUUGUGGAUUUCUCAUGACACAAAUAUGUAAAAGAAUCUCUCUGGACCCCACUUAACAUAAAUGUGUUCU